AUGUCACAUCCGAGACAAUACAAAAUUCCCAACUGGUUCCUCAACAGACAGAAGGAUAUUGUUGAUGGCAAGUACAGCCAAUUGACAUCAUCCAACUUGGACUCCAAGCUUCGUGAGGAUUUGGAGAGGUUGAAGAAGAUUAGAGCUCACAAAGGCAUGCGUCACUACUGGGGUCUCCGAGUGCGUGGUCAACACACCAAGACGACCGGCAGACGUUGUAGAACCGUCGGUGUGUCCAAGAAGAGGUAA